CGUCGCCGGAAGUAUCAAAGAUAAAUGAAAACAAAAAUCAACUACACAAUUUACCGGUCUACAGUGGGGAUCAUCCUACGGAGUGCUCCACUCAAGACCUGGAUGUGAAACCUGACCACCUGUGUACUGACAUGGAUGGCACAAUAACUGUCAAGGGCAACAGUUUGACAGAAUUUCAUGAAAUUGAAACUGAAAUCAAGAAGGAAUCAGAGAAUGUUGUACCAAAUGAAUUGCCAUUUUACAGAAACAGAAUUAUACUUGGCAAGAUACAUGUAGACGAGUCUGAUGAAGAACGAGAAAUUGAUGCACCAGCUGACUGUAAUAAUGUUGUAAACAUCAAAACAAACAAUGAUCAAGAUUUGGCAGGCUCAAUAUACACUGAUGUAAAUAGAAGCAUGAGGAUAACUAAACAGUAUUAUGAAAUGGAAAAAUGUUUGGGAGCGAAAAUUAUUCUAACAAACUGUUAUACAACUCUAUUGAACCAUAACUGUUACUGUGCUCAAUGUGCAGUGUUGUUCCCCACCACUGAAGCGUAUAGUGAACAUUACACGAGCACACACACACGUGAGAAGGCAUUUGUGUGUGACACCUGCAAGAAAACAUGCAACACAAAAAGUAAAUUGAUAAAGCACAUGUUAGUUCACACUGAAGAAAAACCAUUUGAGUGUGAAACUUGCCAUAAAAGAUUUAGCCUACUAGUUAAUAUGAAAAUACAGAAGUUCAUUCAUACUAGCGAAAAGCCGUUCGAGUGUAUAACUUGCAAUAAAACCUUCAGUAACCUAUACACUUUGAAAAAACACAACCUUAUUCACACUGGCGAAAAGCCAUUCCAGUGUGACAUUUGCACGAAAACAUUUACCCAAAGAAGAAAUUUUAAGAGCCAUAAGUUAAUUCACACAGGAGAAAAACCAUUUGAGUGUGAAACUUGCAAGAAAACAUUCAGAUAUAUAUUGUCUUUAAAACAACACAAGUUAACUCACACUGGUGAAAAGCCAUUCCAGUGUGACAUUUGCACUAAAAAAUUUAGCCAAAGAUGUCAUUUGAAGAGCCAUAAGUUAACUCACACUGGCGAAAAGCCAUUUCAGUGUGACAUUUGCACUAAAUCAUUCUACCGAAGAUGUCAUUUGAAGAUCCACAAGUUAGUUCACACUGGCGAAAGGCCAUUCCAGUGUGAUAUUUGCAAGAACACAUUUCUCGUAAUAAGAAAUUUGAAGAGGCACAAGUUAGUACACACUGGGGAAAAGCCCUUCCAGUGUGACGUUUGCAACAAAAAGUAUGGUUCAAGGAGUCAUUUGAUUCGCCACAUGAGUGUUCACACUGGCAAAAAGCCUUACGAAUGUGAUGUCUGUCAUAGAAGAUACCGAUACUCGGAUUCUCUGAAGCAUCACAAAAGUCUCAAACACUAAAAUUUUCUUCUUUACAUAACCGAUUAUGAUUUUAAGUUGAGAAAACAGGCCUAUUACAUAAGAACAAUUGAAAUUUCAAUAAUUAUGAUUGGUAGGUAA